AUGGAUUAGAUCGAAUAUGUGAAUCUUGAAAAGAAGCCAUAGACUAAUAAGAAUAAUUAAAGAGGAAGAUAAAAUAAUAGACCAAACAAAAAUGAUAGAAAUAGAAGAAACCAAAGAGAUAAUAAACCACCAUUCAAGAAUCAAAAAAAACAAUGGAGAAACAAGGAUUAAUAGAGAUAAAAAGUAGAUUAUUUAUUUUAAUUUUUAAGCGUCCAUUUCAAUCUGAGAAUAGGAUUGUGGCAACUGGCUAGAAGAGAAGACAAUUAUAAUAAAGAAAAUUUACUUAAAGAUCUAAAGCCCCCAGAAAUAUUUAACCAAAUGUCAUCAUCAAAGGAUUGGAUCCAAAAAUGACAGAAGCUGGUUUAUAAGUAUAGAAAUCAUAUCAUCCUCCCCUUUAGGAAGCAUGCAAAGAUUUUGGCCCAAUGAAUAUGUGCAAAUUAGACAGGGAUAACUUUGGAUAAGUGAAGGUAUUAUUAAUUAUUAAGUUUUGAACAGCCAGAAGGAAUUGGAUUAGUUAGAUUCACAAGAGUAGAAGAUGCAAAAGCUUGUGUCGAAAAGCUAGAUGGUGUUACUGUGUAAAUCAUUGGGGAAAAUAACAAUGUAAAUCAUUGAAAUAAUCUUUAGGAAAAAGUAAUAUCUGCAACCUUCGUUGAUGAUUAAGAAUAAGUUGACGAUAAUAGAAAUAGAGGUGUAUUGAACAUUACUAAGAGAUCAAUAAAUAAAAGGUAUUGAUUCAAUAAAAUUAAAAUAGAAACUGGAGAAGAUGAAUUUGAAUAAACACAA